AUUUGAGACGUGGUGGUGAAUUGGACAUUUCUAUGCAACAAUCAGCAGCUAUAGAAGGAUUAGGAUUUAUUUCAAUAAAUCUUGCUGCUGACUGAAACAUUGAGAAAGCAGUGUUUUGUGAACUCAAGUGCUUCACAGGAAUUUUGUCCAAGUAGGAAACCGGUACAGAAUUUGAAGGAAGAUCUGAUAUUUUGUUUCAUCUUCAGUAAUUGGCAGAAUAGCAUGCAAACAUGAACUGCAGCUGUGAGGUGCAUGAAAGUGUCAAACAUUUUCAGCUGGUGCUCUACAUUCCUACUUUCAUCGUUGGAUUGAUACUCAAUGCAUUGGCCUUGCAAACAUUCUGCUGGAAAUUUAAAAAAUGGACAGAAACAACAAUUUAUAUGACAAACUUAGCUAUUUCUGACGUUAUGGUGCUUGUCACUUUACCUUUCCAAAUUUACAGUUAUCAAUACAUUUAUGUUAAUAAGACUUUAUGUACAGUAGUUGCAAUUCUGUACAGAAUUAAUUUUUGCAUGAGUAUAUUUAUUGUUACUUGCAUAACUAUAGACAGGUACAUUGCAAUAAAAUGCCCAUUUAAGGCAACAGUGUUGAGAUCACCAACGAAAGCAGUAGUGGUAUCUGCUGUGAUCUGGAUUUUUACAAUUGUGUGGGCCAUUAGUUUUACACUUAUGUUUUAUUUUCCACGCAAUGAAGCCAAUGGAACAGACUCAGAUAUGGCCUGCAUUGCAAGGCCUUUAGCCAUAAACUCUUCUGUUAUUCCAAAUUUAACACUAAAUUUAUUUAUUCCACUGAUCAUUGUGGCUGUUUGCUCAUUUGGAAUUAUCAAAGCACUUCAGCAAAGGAACAUGUCAAAUCCAGGAGGUUUUAACACAAAAAAAACAAUGCGAAUCAUUGUUGCAAAUGCUGUUGUCUUUAUUGUUUGCUUUCUGCCUCUCAACAUAAUAAUUUUUGUUCGAGUUACAAUGAGCUACAUGCAAAUGGAUUGUGCCACACUGCGUCAGGUGUGCCCUUUCUAUCAAGUGACAAACUGUAUAGCUAAUAUCAACUGCUGCCUUGAUGGAUUUUGCUUUUAUUUUGUUACCAUUGAAGCAUCUGAACUUUACCAAAAUCAAAAUCAUCAGCAAAAGGACUCUGAUCAGAACAUCACAUUUCUCUCACUGUGGAGGUCUGACUAGUGGAAGAACUGCUUACUCAGGGUUUAAUUCCUGAUCUAUAUUGCAUGGUCCGAGGAAACAAAGGCUAAGUGACAUAAUUAUAAUCUGCUGUUAAUGCUUACAUUUGAUUAUGAAAAUUUGAAAACUUCAGACAUUUUUCCAACAAACAUUCCUUCCCAGCUUUACGUGCUUUUAUUUACACAAAACUACAA